GAAAGAAGGCAGCUCUCUUCUUCCAUAGUUUUGGCUACUACGCAGGAUGUCCUGAGGCAGUCCCGUCCGUCGCUGCACGUGUGCACCUCCUCUCUCCCUCCCUGCCUACCCAUCCUAUCCCACCCACCCAUCCCGCCACCAAGUGCACGUGCAGGCAUCUACCUACCCCAGGUGGCUGGCUGGCUGUCCGUCUGUCUGUGAGAAGGCUGCUGUGAGGCCAUGGCGCUCAAGCGCGUGUUGGAGGACGACCAGCUGCACCGAUUCCGCACCUGGCCAUGUGAGCGGACUGCAUGGAUGCAUCUGGGGACAUGUGUGGGGGUCGGGGAGGCUGCUGGCGAGGGGAAUGCACCGUGUCUCUGCACCACAUGCGGCACAAUGGGCGUACAUGAGCAGAAACGCCUGGUUCUCCCUCUGUGUGUGGCGUGUUGUGUGUGUGGUGUGUAGGUGAGCGUUUAGAGGCCCUGUGGCGUGACCCGAGAGGACAGAACGUGUGUGGCUUCGGCGCACAGUGAGCACAUGCACCCACAUGCACACAUACGGGGGAGAUCUGGGCAGGAAAGGCAUAGAUCUACGUGUGUGUGUGGGUGUGGCCAUGUGUGUUGUGUGUAGGUGUCAGUAUUCCCAUGAGGUCCACUGGGUGCGCCGUUCACCUGUGCGUCGGGUGCGUCCGCCAACACAUCACAACACACAUGCCCUCUCCAGGGAGAGAGAUCUACGUGUGUGUGUGUCGCGCCUGUGGUGUUAAUCUCUGCAGCUGGGCAAGCAGGGCAUCCUCUACGGUCCCAAGAUCUGCCCUCGCGUGAGCGCAACCACACGUAUCUCCCCACCCCUCACACCCACAUGUGGCGCACCGUGUGUAGGUGACGUUGACCAAGACGCGCCGCACUGUGGGCGUGGUGGAGUUCGACUUCGUCCAUCUGCAGAACGACUGCAACGCGUACGCACACAGUGGAUGGCCAAUGGCCAAUGGACCAUCCGCACACAACAGACCAGACGUUGAUGGGCGGAUCUUCACCUGUGUGUCUUUGUGUGGUGAUGUGUGUGGCGUGUGGUGUGUGCAGUGGUCGUGAGUGUCCGUUCAGCCACACACGGGUGAGUUGAGUGUAGUGGGGGGAUCACACACACGCAGCGGCACAGAGGGAGGGAGGGAGGGAGGGAGAGAAACAGAGAGGGAGGGGUGGUGGUGGUGUCACUGGUCCACAUGUAUGUAUACAUGUGUGUGUGCAGGAGGAGCAGUUCUACCAUCCCAAGGUUAGUCAGUCAUCCCAUUCGUCCACACACAUCACGUCACAUCACAUCACACGCUACAACACGGCUCAUGGUGCAUGUGUUGUCUGUCUUGUCUUGUGUUGCCUGCGUUCCAUUCCAUCAUUCAGUUGUACAAGACGAUCAUGUGCCCGUAUCUGGCCACGGGACCCUCAUGCCCACACCACUACUGCCCAUGUGGUACGGUACACGCAGCACAAUGGCCAACACACAUCACACACAUCACCCAACACACACACCUUCACCCGUGUGUGUGUUGGGUGUGCAGCCCACAGCAUGGACGAGUUGCGCGAGCGCGAGGAGAGCAUCGAGGAACUAGGUAGGGAUCCGCACACACACACACACACACAGGGGGGGGGGAGGGGAGGCCUCCUGUGCACAUCACAUGGCGUGUGUGUGUGUGCGUAUGUUGCUGAUGUCAGCUUUGCCGACGGAUACUGAGGCCCUUAAGGAGGCCAUGCCGCCCAUCUACACACACGUACACACACCACACCACACCACAGCGCAGCACAGCACAGCCAGGCCACACACUCAUCCCCUCAUCCAUGCACUCAUCCAUCCGUGUGUCACCCACCUGUAGGUGUCGUUGUCGUUGGAGAUGAACCCACCACCCAGAUCCAUCCCAGUGCCACGAGGUGGGUGGGUGGACACACAACUCUCAACUCAUUCUCGCACGCACAGACUCACACACAUACAGAGGGAGGGGGAGAGAGAGGGCAUCACUGGCACACACGGAUCUCUGUGUACGUGUGUGCGCAUCUGUCUGUCUGUGUGUAUGUGUGCAUUCAGGUGGCUGUCUGCGUAUCGCCCAGAAGGACCAGCUGAACCGGCAGCGCAUGGCCGACCGCUACAAAGACGCAUACGGAGGCAACAGACAGUCCACCGACCCAUACAUGCCUCCGGGAGGCACUCGCAUGGUCGGUGGGUGGGCAGGGUGGGCACACACCCCACCACAGACACGCCAACGCACACACGGACGGAUGGAGGGAGAGGGAGACAGAGAGAGAGAUGGGUUGCUAUCUUUCCUUAUCUGUCUCCUUCCUCCCUGUCUGUCUGCCUUUACACAUGCACAGGUUGGCGGCGGCGGUGUCAACGUCGGCUACGGCAGGUGAGAUGAGAGCACACCAUACCCACCGCACGAACCAUUGCAUAACCGUUUGUGUGUUGGUGUCUGUCUAUAUCAUGUGAUGUGUAUCGGUCAGCCACCGCGGUGCGUACGGCACGGGCGCAUACGGAGGCAGCAGCCGGGCCGGCGGGGAGGUGUGUCGAUUCACGGGCAGCAGCUACGAUAGGCGUCGCAGCGGCGGAUACUCUGGCGGGGGUGGUGGGGGCUAUAGGUAUAAUACCUACCUACACCCACCAGAAACACACCCACAGCAUCCAUCAAUCAGCCGCACGAGUGAGGUGAUUGAUGUGUCUUGUCUGUGUGCGGUCAGUUCUGGCGGAGGCGGUGGGUACGGCGGCGACCGUGGCUACUCUGGCGGCGAUCGCGGCUACUCUGGCGGGGGCGGUGGGGUUGGGGGAUACAGCAGUGGGGGCGGGGGAUACGGGGGCUCGUCUGGCGGCGGGGGAUAUGGGUACGCAUACACAACACAACACAACACAACAACAACCUCCCUCCCACACCCAUCGGCAAAUGCAUCAUGAUGUGUGUCUGCUGGUGCCUGUGUGUGUCUCAAGGUACAACUACCGCUCCGGCCCGUCCAUCUCGAUCGGUGCUGGUGUUGGUGGCGGUCUGAGCGGGCUCAUCGGAGGGAGCGGCAAUAGCAGCGGCGGCGGACAGACACACCCAAUCACACGCGGCGGUAGCAACGGCGGAUUCGGCGGCAUCGGUACGCACACGCACUCACACACACCGAGAGAUGCGUGUGUCCAUCUCGAGAGAUGGACAGACACCAUAAGAUGUCUGUCAUGUGUGAGUCUAGGUGGCGGCCAUGGCGGCGGCGGUUUGGCCAUCAUGACACCCACUCCACCUCACCCGAUGUCGCUCUCGGUGAGAGUUAGUUGACAACACGACAUCCUCACAGAGACACCCACCCUGUAUGGCCACUUUGUGUGUGUGGUGCAGACGUUGAUGCGCGUGUUGCCCAAGGAGGCCAUGAUGGAUCUGCCAAUCCCGACCAUCAAUCCCUUCUACGGACACCCACACCCACACCCACUCCCACAGCCACAGCCACCGGCACACAACCACCACUCGUACCCACUGGCCAUCGAGCACUUCAUCGACUCAAACGCACCUACACCCAUGUAAACCAAACCCCCUCUCCACCAACACACACACACAGAGAAAGAGAGACAUCGUGUGGUGUGUUGUGGGUGUCAGUUCGGCUCCCGGUUUGUUGCCGACCCCGCUGGCCAUCAAUUUGGAGUUCCACCACAAGAUGCACCAGAUGGGCGGCGGCGGAGGGAUGGACGCACACACACCCAUGGCGGCACACAACAACAACAAUCCGUUCCCACACGUAAGCCCUUCCUUCUUUCCCCCACCCCCACCCGCACAAAUGGAUGGAUGGAUCUCUCUCUCUCUGUGUGUGUGUGUGCAGACGAUGCCGUUGUCGGUGUAUGCGUUGGAGGGCGAGUGGGUGGACCGCUUCCCCGAGCCCCCCGUCAUCCCGCCCUUCACCCCCUCGUGCAUCAACACCCCCAAGAGCACCAACACCGCCACCAAUAUGAAGAAGAAAAUACUCAACAAACCCGUCGCAAAGAAACGUACACUCCCCACCCCACACCCACACCCACACCCUACCCACAGACACACAAACAGAGAGGUAGGGAGAGGACGCAUGUGCGUGUGUGUGUGUGUGUGUGUGUGCAGAUGUGGAGUUUGUGUGUGCGGACGAAACCAAUCUGUCGACGGCCGAGAACAGCGGAGACGAGGGCAACAAACACGACGUAGGCGACCACCCAACCUGUCAAGGACAGACAGACAGAGGCAGACAGACAGACAGAAACGUGUGUAUGUGAUGUCUUGUGUAGGAUGAUGAUUUCGACUAUGACGAGUUCGACCAGACGUACAACUGCACCAACUGUAUGUCUCACAGACCCCAUCACACACACACAGCCUCUGGACGGAUGGAUGGAUGUGUGUGUGUGUGUGAUCUGCAGACGUGUCGGCAUCCUACACGACGGGCACCACUGCGCCACUGAUCGAAUACGCCUACACAAUGCCGGUACGCGCACACACAUCCACCCCACCCCACCCAUACACAUGUGACACACGUGUGCGUGUCCCCGUGUCUCGGUGCCAUUGGUUGAUUGCAAAUUGCAGGUGCACCAGACACCGAUGCCGUAUCAGUUUCCGGCGGCCAACUCGCCGUUCCCUCCGCUGCUCGACACACCACACACAUAUGAGGUGCGUACGCACCUAGAGAGGGAGGGAGGGAGGUACACACACGACGGAUGGAUGGAUGUGUGUGUGGUGAUACAUAUAUGUGGUCAGUUUCCGCACUUCACAGGGGCGCUGCCUCCCCCGCCGCCCAUGUACACCAACACCAACACCAACAUGCAGUUCAUGGUACAUAUGAUCCAUACAAGACACACACACACGCACAGACGGAUGGAUGCACACGCUCCGUCUAGGCUCACACACUGACUCCCCGGCCCCCUCCACCCCCUCCACCACCACCCAUGGACGACACCGAUACGGUACACAUCCCCCGAAAACCUGCCACGCACUACAUCAAUCAACCUCCUUCUCUCUCUGUGUGUGUGUGUUGACUGCGCCUGUGUGUCGACAGGUGGUGCAGACGGCUCAUCCGUAUGAGGUGGUGCACCAGUGUGUGCCGAUGGUCCCAAAGGUAGAGGAGAUCGCUGACAACGAGUAUGCUGAGGGGGAGGGAGAGGGACAGGGGGAGGACCACAACAAUGGCAGUGAUGGCAGUGAUGGCAGUGGCGGACUGCAGGAGGAUACUGAGAGUACGGUUCAUUUCAUGACACACAAACGACGCACCCAUCCAUCCAUGUAUAUAUUGUGUGGACAUUCCUCUCUCUCUCUCUCUGUCUCUCUCUCUCUGUCUCUCUCUGCGUGUGUGUGGAUGAUUUAGGCAAGGAGGAGGGCAGCAACAACUAGGUAGCUCAGCUCACUGCUGCUGUUGGUUGUCGUUGUUGCCCAUAUCACAUGGAUCGUAUCGAUCGUAUCGUAGCGUCACAUCACACCACACCCUUCGCCCAUUCAUACUGGACACACACCCAUAUGGCGUGUGCGAUGAAUGGGCUGACUAGGUAGCUAAGACGGUAGGGGAGGGAGGGAGAGAAAGGGGAGCACUGACUUUCUCUUACUCAGCCACUUGCUGGGCGGGGGGGUGGUUGCUGCCAUACGCACACACACAUGGACACAUGCAGACAUGCAUCGUUCCAUCAAUCCAUUCCAUGCAUCCACUGACUGGGCUGUGUUUACAUCCUUACAUGUGAGUGUAGGCAGGCAGGCAGACAAUACACACAUACAUAACACAAACACAAACAAACAGCACUUGCUUGUACAAAGAGAGAGAACAGACAGACAGACCCAAUUUUGCCUUCCUUCGCUUCAGUUCAACACCCCCACACACAGACACUGACAAACAAACAGACAGACAGACAGACGACGUGUGUGUGUGUGUGUGUGUUUCGUAUCCAUUUCGUACCUCCAUAUGCAUGUACGUGUUCAAAUGCAAUGCAUUCGAUAUACAUUGCACUAUAUACGUCUCAGUGCAAUGGAAUGCCUUGCCAUGCUUCCCUUCCUGUGUUUGUAUAUAUAUUUGUCGCUCAUCGCCCAUUCCCUCAAUAAGUAAAUAGCCUGAGAACCCCCCUGGCCGAUGCGAUGCACCCGCAUCCUUCGGUCGAUCCUUUUUGCUAGAUAUACUACACAGAGCAACACCAUAUAUGUAUUUGUCCACCUCUGUCAAUUGUCUGUGUAUCGUGUGUCUCUGCGUGCAUUGCAUUGGUCGGUCGGCGUUCGGCUGAUGCGACGCAUCCACACACACAUAUACAUCUACAUAUAUACAUGUGUGGCUGUCUACCCACCCAUCUGUGUACAUACAAAGGGAAAGGCUGCUGACCACUCACUGGUAGGAAGGCACAGAAAAGGACAGAAAGGCUGGCUGAUGGAUUGCGCGGAGACAGAAAGAAAGAAUGCUCGGCCGGCCAGCUGGCCUCUCAUUGACCCAACACAGCACAACACGGCACGCACCAACCCCACGUACAUGCCUGGAGGUUUCUCCCUUGUGUGCCUGUCUUGCGCAGCCAUCCGCACAUGCGCGUAGCUAAGUUAGAUGUAUGGAUGUGUGUGUGUGUCAGUCACUCAUCGAUGCAUUGCAUUCACGCACUCACUGAUGGGUUUAAUCCUCACCUUGCUGAUUGACAUGCAUGCAGUCGAAUGCCACGCCACGCCACCACACGCCACCCCAUGUACACACACACGUGUAUGAGUGCGUGACGUUGAGUGUUGUGUUGGUUAACGUAGAAAUGCUACAUGCAGGAAUGGGAUGGGUGUGGACGGAUGGAUGGAUGAGUGUAGUCUUCACGUGUUGCCUGCCGUGCUGUGGUCUCGUGUCGAUCCGUGGCUGGUGCUGUGCUGCAGCCGGACACAGACUUGUGUGUACGGCUACAGUUGUGCACCAGCCCUGGAUCGACACACGAGAUGACGCAUGCACGCACACGCCUGUCUGUAUGUGUGAUGCUGUGGGGUGUGUGAGCGAAUGGGUGGUAGGCCCUGUUUACGGGCAUGGAUGGUCAUAACACAUAACACAUACACUGCUAGAUAGGCUUAGGACCACUGGAGGAUGAGGGGGAGUGGGUGGGUUUGUCGCUGGGAGUGGAGAGCUGCCGCUGAUUGUGUAAAUAGCGACCGACUGACCGAGCUAUGACAGCGAUAGGUGAACGGACGGGACCAGUGGGGAUAAUGUGACACCUAAACCUUUUACCCCCCAACACAACACCUGAGGCGAUACAUGUAUGAGUCAAGUCAAAGAUGCUUACUUCCAAAUACUCUGCAGAGCGACAGACGGGAUCAAAUGUUUCAUCAAUACGUGCGUGCAC